CCAUACUCUACAAUGAAGCUUUCCGCCUCACCUUACACCCAUAGAGCAAUAACUCCAUAUACUUGUUUCCUUAUAUUUCUUAAAAUACGAAUAUUCGGAUCAAAUAAAACCCGACCCAUAUUCACAACAUGAUUACUUGAAUGAGAAAUAGGUAGGGCCUAAGGACAAUCUCAGAGCUUCAAAUAACACAUACAACAACAUAUCAUUAAAGACAAAAUUGCGACAAAGAAUGAAAGAUCAAAAACAUGAUUUCUUCGGAUACUGAUUUACUUCCAUUAUAGUCAAUUCCGGAGGAAUUAUGGCAAUCUCCACCCUGAUACGGCCGACACAUUUCACUGCGCUUGAACAUGACACUGUCAAACUCCUACGAUACUUAGCCGGGACUAAAAAUCUUGACCUCGGAAGAGUAAUUCACGCUCGUUUGAUUGUCUCUAAUCAAAUCUCUGAAGAUUAUAUCCUCGAGACUAACGCACUGAUCGAUCUUUACUCCAAAUGUGCAGAACUAGAAUAUGCACGCCAUGUGUUUGAUAAAAUGUCCAAACGAAAUGUAGUUUCGUGGGGUUCUUUAAUGUCGGGGUUUUUCCAAAACGGGUAUUCUUUUGAAGCUCUUAGAUUGUUCAAAUCAAUGGUUUCUGAGAACGACGAGUUUUGCCAGCCUAAUGAGUAUAUAUUUGCUUCGAUUCUUUCUUCUUGUUCUAACAUUGGGAACAUUCAAUUAGGUAAACAGUGUCAUGGGUACGUGAUGAAAUCUGGAUUAGUGUUCUAUCAAUACGUGAAAAAUUCACUUGUACGUUUGUAUUCCAUGGUGUCAGAUGUGGUAGGAGCUAUGGAGGUUUUAGUUUCAAUCCCUGGAUCUGAUACUUGUACUUAUAAUCUCAUCUUGAAUGGACUUAUUAAGAAUGGAUAUUUUACUGAAGCUAUAGAUGUCUUAAAGAAAAUGUUGGAUGAACAAAUUGAGUGGGAAAAUUCGACUUACACUUGUGUAUUUAGUCUUUGUGCUCAUCUUCAAGAUCUAUACUUAGGGCAACAAGUUCACAACAAGUUGUUAAAAAGCAAUGUUGAGUUUGAUGUGUAUGUAUCUUCUUCAAUCAUCAACAUGUAUGGAAAAUGUAAAGAGAUUUCAAGUGCUAGAAAAGUUUUUAACAUGUUUAAAACUCGAAAUGUAGUUUCAUGGACAUCAAUCUUGGAUGCUUAUUCACAACACGGGUUGUUCGAGGAGUCGUUAAAAUUAUUUCUCACCAUGCAAAAUGACGAUAUUGCCCCUAAUGAAUCUACCUUUUCUGUGUUACUCAAUGCUAGUGGUGGAUUAGCCUCUAUAGGAUAUGGACAUUCGUUACAUGGACUUAUAAAGAAAACAGGUUUCAUAAGUCAUACGAAUGUUACAAAUGCUUUGAUUCAUAUGUACUCAAGAAUAGGUGACAUUAAAUCUUCAGAAAAGAUAUUUCUAAGUAUGAUUUCUCGCGAUAUUAUAACAUGGAAUACAAUGAUAUGUGGAUACUCUCAUCAUGGUUUUGGUAAAAAGUCAUUGAAUUUAUUUCAAGAAAUGUUGAAAUCGGGUCAAGAUCCUAAUCAAGUGACUUUUGUUGGUGUUCUUAUUGCUUGUGAACAUUUAGGGCUUGUAGAACAAGGGUUUUACUAUUUGAACGAGUUAAUGAAACAAAAGGGUGUGGACCCUACUUUAGAACACUAUACUUGCAUAGUUGGACUUUUAAGCAAAUUAGGACGAUUAAAUGAAGCUUUCGAUUUCAUGUUAUCAACAAACAUCAAAUGGGACACAAUUGCUUGGAGAACACUUCUUAGUGCAUGUAACGUUCAUAGAAAUCACACUUUAGGUGAAAAAGUUGGAGACUUUAUUAUGAAUUUGGACCCUAAAGAUGAAGGGACAUAUACCCUUUUGUCGAAUAUUCAUGCUAAGGGUAGAAACUUUAGUGGGGUUACAAAAGUUCGUGAAUUAAUGAAAAAAAGGAAAAUAAAAAAAGAACCCGGGUUGAGUUGGUUGGAGAUAAAGAAUCAAACACAUGUGUUUGUUUCGGGUGAUAAGAAACAUCCGGAGUUUAUUGACAUUCUUGAAAAGUUGAAGGAGUUGUUUUGUAAAAUUAAGGAAAUUGGUUAUGUGGUUGAUACGGGUGAUGUGUUGCAUGAUGUUGAAGAUGAACAAAAGGAAGAUUAUAUUGGGUUUCAUAGUGAGAAGCUUGCAAUUGCUUAUGCUUUAUUGAAAACACAUGAAGAGGUGCCAAUUCGUAUUAUAAAGAAUUUGAGGAUUUGUGAUGAUUGUCAUUGUGUGAUGAAAUUAAUCUCAAAAGUCACGAAGAGGGUAAUUGUGGUAAGAGAUGUUAAGAAAUUUCAUCAUUUUGAAGAUGGAAGUUGCUCGUGUGGAGAUUAUUGGUGACAAAUGAGCAUUUUUAAUGUGAUAUAGUUCCAUAAUUAUGAUUAGUUUAAUUGAUGUGUAUAAAUCUUGUUUUAGUCUUUCUAAGAUUAUCAGUAGUUUGUGUAGUUUGUGUUCAUGGUGUUGUAUGAAAAAGAUAAGAUAUCUUGAA